UCCGCAGAUGAUACUGAAUUUGUGUCUCAAGCCUUCUGAAGGAAAGGCAAGACCAUAACAGUAGGUUGACCAAAGCUUACGGACAAAGAAAAGGAAUUAGAACUGAGAAGAGAACACCUCUUGAUGCAAAGCCUCGAAGGUAUUGUGAUGGCAGCAUCUUGGAAUUUCAUGAGAGUAGUUCAUUAUUCCAAAACUGUUUUGUCACAGGGAGUCCAGAUAGGAGGAAUCACCAGUGAUUUGGGGCAUGCCUUGUCCAGGACUAUAACUUCAAGUUUUGUUGCCAAAACACCCACAUCAAAUACAGUGGAACUGCUUGGUAAAGCAUACCCUCGAGAUGACUACAGCAAUGUCACAGAGAAAAUUCUCUGCAAGGUGGGAAAGAACUUGCACAACCAACGGUACCACCCUUUGUGGCUGAUCAAAGAGCGAAUAAAGGAUCAUUUUUACAAGCAGUAUAUAGGACGCUUUGGGACCCCACUCUUUUCUGUUUAUGAUGAUCUGUCCCCGGUGGUUACAGUGGAGCAGAACUUUGACAGAUUGCUUAUCCCACAAGACCACCCCAGCAGGAGGAAAGGGGAAAACUACUACAUGAACCACAUUCACAUGCUAAGAGCACAUACGUCAGCUCACCAGUGGGACUUGAUGCACUCAGGGCUGGAUGCCUUUCUGGUUGUGGGAGAUGUCUACCGCCGCGAUACGAUUGAUAGCAGCCACUACCCAAUCUUUCACCAGAUGGAAGGAGUGCGGCUCUUCUCCAAUCAUGAGUUGUUCAGCAACAUCAAAGAUGGAGAAAGUUUACAGUUGUUUGAGCAAGGGCAUCGCACAGCACACAAGCAGGAGACACACACCAUGGAGGCAGUGCGGCUGGUGGAAUUCAAUCUAAAACAAGUGCUCACAAAGCUUGUGACUAAUCUCUUUGGUGAUGGACUGGAAAUUAGAUGGGUAGACUGCUACUUCCCGUUUACACACCCUUCCUUUGAGAUGGAGAUCAACUUCCAAGGAGAAUGGAUGGAGGUGCUGGGCUGUGGGGUCAUGGAGCAGCAACUAGUUAACUCAGCUGGUGCUGAGGAGAAAAUUGGCUGGGCAUUUGGCCUGGGAUUAGAGAGGCUGGCCAUGAUCCUCUAUGGUAUCCCUGACAUCCGCCUGUUCUGGAGUGAAGACGAACGCUUCCUGAAACAGUUUAGUGUGCCUCACAUUGACCAAAAAGUGCAUUUUCAGCCUCUCAGCAAAUAUCCUCCUGUGAUAAAUGACAUCUCCUUUUGGCUGCCCUCUGAGAAAUACUCUGAAAAUGACUUCUAUGAUUUAGUCCGAACCAUUGGAGGAGACUUGGUGGAAAAGGUUGUCCUCAUUGACGAAUUCACGCAUCCCAAGACAAAGAAGGUCAGCCAUUGCUAUCGUAUCACUUACCGGCACUUGGAGAGGACUCUGACUCAGCUCGAGGUGCACCGCCUUCAUCGAGCCAUAGAGGAAUCGGCGGUACAAGAACUGGGAGUGGAGGGUAGAUUCUAA